CUCAGCAACACCUUAAACAGAUAUAACAUUUGACAUAAUCGACGCAAACUAGAAGUAACGUCAGACCAGAGUAACGCGGUACCGUUACACGGUCCCAGAGGUUGGACGGGGGGGAUUUGGGGAUAGAUGCAGCCCCAUCUCCCGGCCCGGCGGCCCCCACCUCUGCCUCUGCUUCUGGAAAGUUUUGCUCGGUCCUCUCUCCGGGGAUAACUCCCAAUGACAAACCAUGGGCGUCUGCAGAGAAGGUGCAGAGGGAACACCAGCCGGGACAUGGGAUGCCUCAUAGAUAGACAUGCCUAAUGACGCAACGACUUUACUCAAUACAGCUUGAAAUUGUGAGGGACAGGAUAAUACUUGCAGGGUUUCCUACGUUUCCUAUGACCAAAAGAAGGCUGCGGACUCGGGAACUGACAGAUAUAACGUGACAGGCGCACAGACCCUCUUCCGACUUCUGGAAACAAGCCUCUCCGGACACCAGGGACCAACAGAUGCAAACUUUCAACAUGGCAUACCUUCUGUUACUUUUUCUACCUUGUGUUUUCAGUAUGCGGGCGCGAAUAUUAGUCCCUGGGAAUGAAACAGUCAUCUCCAAAGAGCCAUACAGGGAGAGCAGGAAAGUUCUUACUACAACAGGCAAGGAAUGUAAAUUCCCAUUUCGUCAGGGUGGAAGGAUUCAUCAUCACUGCCUCACCAUCCUAGCCUCAAAACCAUGGUGCUCCCUCACACAUAAUUUUGACCGGGAUCGACAGUGGGGCUUCUGUGCAACAGAGGAAAUUCAGCCAGAAGUUGUUGUCCACACGUCACGCCGAAUCACAGAUCCAUGUCAGGUGAAUCCAUGUCAGAACGGAGGCGUCUGCACGCUGAUCCCACACAGACCCUCGUUUGAGUGCUCCUGUCCUGAGAGCUUCACUGGGACACUCUGUGAGCAGAAGAAGUGCUAUGAAACCGUACACCUGCGCCAUUAUGACAUCGGAGAGUCUUGGGGACGAAUUCACCUCCGUAAUGUGGAACAGUGCACAUGCGUGGCAGGGGAAAUCAAGUGUGAGAGGGUUCGCUACACAAUGUGCCCUUCAAACCCUUGUCAGAAUGACGGAACGUGUCGACUGAUCACAUCCACCGGCAAGGAAGUGUGUAACUGCAGACGUGGCUACAGCGGUCCCUACUGCGGCCUCGAGCCAGAGUCCGAGUGCUAUAAUGGCAGGGGCACGGAUUACAGAGGGGUAGUGAACGCCACAGUGUCCGGUGCCCGUUGUGUGCCGUGGAACUCGGACCUACUGUAUGAUGAGCUCCAUGUGGGCACGGUGGUUGCCUCGCCCCUCAGGGGCCUUGGCGAACAUGCCUUCUGCAGAAACCCAGAUAAAGACAAGAUGCCGUGGUGCUACACGCUAAAUGACGGCGCCAUCUCCUGGGAGUACUGUGACGUCCCCUCCUGUGUGAUGGCUGUGUGGGAGAAUCAGCCAGUGACAAAAACGAAAAUAUUCAGAAGAGCUUCUGCGCGAAGGAUUAUGCCGUUUAAUGUCCUGCCAGGCAUUAAAAGACGGAGGCCCUCCAAGACUGCAAAGAAGCACGUGUGUGGGAAAAAGCACAAGAAGAGGUUAUCGAUUGCCAGGGGGCGGAUAUUGGGCGGAAACUCAGCUCUGCCAGGUACUCACCCCUGGAUGGCAGCCAUUUACAUUGGAAAGUCAGACUUCUGCGCCGGCAGCCUGAUCUCCUCUUGCUGGGUCAUCUCUGCGGCUCACUGCUUCUUCCGCAACCCUCUGAGGUCGCAGAUUCGAGUGGUGCUUGGCCAGCAGAGAUUCAACGUCACCGAUCCCAACACCAGGACAUUUGGAGUGGAGGAUUACAUCUUUCCAAAACAGUUCUCAGUGUUUAACCCAACACUACACGACAUUGUUCUGAUCAAACUGGCGAAGCAGGACGGGCGGUGUGUGAGGAGAACCCCGUUCAUCAGACCCAUCUGUCUCCCAGACAAAGGCAUGGCGUUCCCUGAUGACUACUGCUGUAGUAUUAGCGGCUGGGGACACAUGCAUGAGAAGGCAGAAGGUUACUCUAGUCUGCAGGAGGGUGGAGUGAGACUGAUGAAUCAUGGCACUUGUAGGGAGAGUUACGGUAACCAUGUCACUUCUGACAUGAUCUGCGCGGGGCUCAACGGCUGUGUUGACGCCUGCCAGUCCUGUUGCUCGUGAGUGUUGGAAGUUACGACUGAUCAUAAAAUGUUCCAGGGAAAAAUAGACUCCUGGAGCCCACGUCAUUGCUGACCUCCUCCCUUGGCUCUGAAAGGGUCGAUAUCAGAAAGUUGACUUGAGGUAUCAGAGUAACGGAGCAGCAUUUAAGAUGGCAGCAGGGGAUUCUCUUGAGUGGAGACUACCUACUCAACCUGCAGUGUAAUAACAUUUAAGCUCCUUCCUCUUGAAUUAAAUGUCUGAUUCAAUAUCUGUUUACCUCACAGGUGGUGUGAUUUUUACAAUAUAUUAGGUUUCAAGUGUGUGACUUAGCUGUUUGUGUGACUCUGCUUUGAUCUGUGCAUCUAUGUUUAUGUGUGUGGACUGUAUCUAUUUUUUUUCCCCCAUGUUUCACCAGGGCGACUCCGGGGGCCCUCUGGCUUGUGCGAGGAAUGAUGUCAGCUUCCUGUAUGGGAUCAUCAGCUGGGGAGAGGGCUGCGGCCGCUCUGGAAAACCCGGUGUUUACACUAAAGUGGGGAACUAUAUCGACUGGAUCAAUUC